AUGAAUUUGUUGACAGACACUACCGACGGCCGCGAAGAUAUUGAGAUCAACGAUUUGCGUGUUGGUGCGAACAGGAUUAUUGAAAUCAUGCAGAAGGAAAUCAAAGAUUAUGAAGCCCACGUCACUCAGCUGCGCAUGGACAAUGACGAGCUACGCUUGAAAUUGACGAGAGGGUCGAACACACUGACUCUCCCCAUUCAUGUGACCAGUCCCGUAUCCACCAUACCGAAAAAAGAAGAGUAUCCAGAGUUUGCUAGAAAAGAUUCAUCAACGUCGCCUAUGAUGCCGUAUCCUCCCCAGCACGAUCAGCAAAAUCGGGAGAUCAUCGAGCAAUUAAGAGAAGAUAAUCUCAGAGCUCAGCAGAAACUUGAAGUCUCGGAAAGGGAACGCAAGAGGCUUGAAGAGGUUGAUCGUGUCGUGGGGGCACGUGAGACUGUCUCGUUACAGUCUAUAAAGCAUGGCCCGAAGAAGCCCGAGAACGUCACCAGCCCAACACAGAAACAGAUGCGUAUGCUCAAACGCCAGGUUGUGAUGAAAUCUGCGGAGAUAAGUCGUAUGCGUGAAGUGUUGGACGAGCUUAAGAAGGAGACCAUAAGGCUAGUCCAACGGCGAGAGGAACAUGUGGGGUCAUCCUAUGCAGGUGUCUGA